CAUGCAUGUGCAAGUCCAACCUUUGAAACAAUUGUUUAUGGUUUCUCUCAAACUUAUCCGAUACAAUCAACCAGAUGUUACCAAGAACAAGCCAAACUAGAGAUUCAUGAUUGCACGUUGCCUUUUGUUGUCUCCAGCUCAUUGAAUAUUACUAUAAACGCAUAUUGAGAUUCACCUUUAUUCUUCUUCUUCUUUUUCUUCUCUGAAAUCUUUUGCAGAAAAAACGUUGUGAUUUAUCCUUCAAAGAUGGCAUCUUUGAGCAUGACCCAUAUCAGAGGUGGGAAUUAUGCAUCUGGGUUUGGCCUGAAUUGGGUUGGGAAGGUUCAGAGUGUUCCCAGAAGAGUUGGGUUUAAGGUGUUUGCUUCGGAGACUCAGGGUACAGAGCCUGAUCUCAGUGUCACUGUCAAUGGGUUGCACAUGCCCAACCCCUUUGUUAUUGGGUCGGGUCCACCAGGGACUAAUUACACUGUCAUGAAGAGGGCCUUUGAUGAAGGUUGGGGGGCUGUGAUUGCCAAAACUGUAUCACUUGAUGCAUCAAAAGUUAUAAAUGUAACUCCUCGAUAUGCCCGGCUACGGGCAGGUGUAAAUGGCUCUGCAAAAGGAGAGAUUAUUGGGUGGGAGAACAUAGAACUUAUCAGUGACAGGCCGCUUGAAACCAUGUUGAAAGAAUUCAAGCAAUUGAAAGAAGAGUAUCCGGACAGAAUUCUCAUUGCUUCAAUCAUGGAGGAGUACAAUAAGGCUGCAUGGGAGGAGCUUAUUGAUCGCGUUGAGCAAACCGGAGUUGAUGCACUUGAAAUAAAUUUCUCAUGCCCUCAUGGCAUGCCAGAACGCAAAAUGGGUGCUGCUGUUGGACAAGAUUGUGACCUUCUGGGAGAGGUUUGUGAAUGGAUAAAUGCUAAAGCCACAAUUCCUGUUUGGGCUAAGAUGACUCCCAACAUAACUGAUAUUUCACAGCCAGCAAGGAUUGCUCUAAGUUCAGGAUGUGAGGGAGUAUCUGCCAUAAACACAAUCAUGAGUGUCAUGGGAAUUAAUCUAAAUACAUUACGUCCCGAGCCUUGCGUUGAGGGGUACUCAACUCCUGGGGGCUAUUCUGCAAAGGCAGUACACCCUAUUGCCCUUGGAAAGGUGAUGAACAUUGCAAAAAUGAUGAAGUCAGAGUUUGAUAGUGAGAACUAUUCUCUUUCUGCCAUUGGUGGUGUUGAGACAGGUGGUGAUGCUGCUGAAUUUAUUCUUCUUGGGGCGAACACUGUUCAGGUGUGCACUGGUGUUAUGAUGCAUGGUUAUGGUCUUGUGAAGCAACUAUGUGUUGAUCUUAAAGACUUCAUGAAAAAGCACAAUUUCACAUCAAUAGAAGAUUUCAGAGGGGUUUCUCUUGAGUAUUUCACUACUCACACUGAUUUGGUAAGAAGGCAGCAGGAGGCAAUUCAGAAGAGGAAAGCCAUAAAGAAAGGCUUGCAGUCUGACAAAGACUGGACAGGAGAUGGUUUUGUGAAAGAAACAGAAAGCAUGGUAUCUAACUGAAAUGUGCAAUCAAAAUAGCAAUCUGUUUUAUAUGAUUGCAUGCAUAUUCAUGCAAAUGGGGAGGUGAAGGACAUUAUCCUUUAAUAAUAAUGGAUGUUUAUCCUUUUGAGAACAGUAUGGUGUAUUUUAUGGGAGAAAAUAAUAAAA